CUCAACCAAUCCACGAAAUCGCGCGACCAUCAUCCAUUGUACUGAGGUAGACACCUGUUUCUACCCGAAACUAGUGAUAGUUUGGCAUACCAUUUAAAGCACGACCGUACGUUUGUACCAGCUAAAUAGGAUUCUCUGGUGUCUGUUGCAAUUCUUCAAAGUUAUUAAGGAUUCUGUUCACUAGAUCUGACUCCAAAGACGGAUUAACCUAGAAUAUUUUCCAAAAACUUGGGCACUCGCACACUGCCGUUCGUCAGACUGCUAAGUAAGGAGACAAACAGAAAAAAUGACAUUGUACCGCGCAAGAUUUCAAAUAAAAAAACUGAAAGGAACAAAAGAAAUAAUAAUAUAAAUCUAUCAGGAGUUAUGUUGAAUGUUCAAAUCUGAAUAUAGUGAGACAACACAAGGUUAGCGAAGAUCCCAUAGUUGAGAAAUAUUUUAAUAGAUGCAUAUCAGUGAUAACACACUGAAUUGUGAUGGACAGAGUAAAUUUCGAAUUUCCAACAAGGUUAUAUGAUUAUGCAACAAUUCAUAGGAAUUGACUAAAAUGUCAAAGGAAUCAAUGCAUUUGCGUGAAACCGAAUAAACAAUUGAAAGAAUACUAAUCCGAAGUAGGAGCACAACUAAUUAAAUAUAAAAACUAAACUCGGGAUAAUCUCAGAGAAAAAUUUAAAUAAUUUCAACUGUCCACCUGGUCAUCUGAUGUGUUUUUCCAAGGAAAUAAUGAGGUUGAAAGCUGAAUAAAUCAUGAGUACCGAAUCUAUAGACUGAUUUAAACAGAUUUAUCAGUUUGAGAUAACUUCGCUACAUUUCUAAACGCGCAUAAGCUGCUGAUAUACUACUCAUCAUAUUGUUGAAUUAGGAGACCUGGUUGAAUGUUGACAGUUUUUUUUUUGCUGCAGACGAAGGCAAAAGUACUACCAGUGAAACAUGAAUAUUUGGGGAAAUUGACAGAAACGUUAAAGUAUUAGAGAUUCCCAUAAUGAAAAUAAGCGAACAAUAUUGUUCCCAAUUAGAUCGUCAUCACACAUAUCUAUAUGAUUGGUCUAGUAUUUUCCUAUAAAUAUUCAUGUCAUAUUAGAGCUUGAUGAUCGCGUUAGAAACAAUGUUGUUCGCUCAUAUGUUUUCUCCCCAAGGCAUAGUCAUACUUGAAGUCUAACCAAAAUUUCUCGGAAGCUCAAUCGCCUACAUAGUGUUUGAGAGCUCUUUUAGGUACACUACCAAUGGCUUAGGCAGCAGCGCUAACAUGGAUUUUGCGAAGCUGUUAGCCUAUCACAAGUUCACGCCAUUAAAAGUCAGACCUCAGAACAUCUUUUUGCAUACGUAUUCACCAAACACACGUUCUUAAUGGGCCAAACCACUUGGACUUGUUCCUAUAGAAUAGCAAACAACAUUCAAGAAGUGGGAUUAUGUGUCAGUUUAUCGCUCACUGACUGUUGAUUGGCCAUUGUACAAGUUAGACAAUCGAUUGUUUGAAAGACCAAUCAGAAUUAUACUGACACCGAUCCUGAUUCAUAGUGACACAUACCGUAUGUUUUAACAGGCUGAACGAACUUAGGAUUCUUUGAAUGUCAUCAAGUGCGGAUUUCUAUUCUCCUAUUUAUUAGUCGCCGCAUUUAUUAAGUGAAAUCAAGUCUGGAGUCGUAAAGUAAAAAUUAUGUACUCCAUGGACUUUAUUCAUCAUUGAGUGUGAAGGUUUUUGAGGGUUGGAGCUGCGGUGUGGAGGUGACUGAUUGUCCUGUAGGGUGGUAGCUGGUUAUUGAUGAGGAUUCGUUAUGAACUGAUUGUGUUUUCUAGGCCUAAUUGUAACUCAACCAUUAUGUGUAAAAAGAAUUCUUAAAUUAGAAAAACCUUUACAUGGAUUAACCAUCUGUUUAUGUGAUCAGGACUUUUAUGUUGAGUCAAGGUACAUUAGACAUUACAGUAAAUCUUUUAUUUGAAAGUGCCGGUUAUAUGAUUCCAAAAACAAAGUCUACAUCGAUUAAAAAUCAUGAUCUAAAUCUUGCGACUCUUCUGCAAACUACUGGUCAGUGUUCUAAGCUGAAUUUCCUUUACGGAUUGUUAGUCAGCAAAUUAAACACAAAUGGCGUCAGACUACUUUUUUCGCUAGCAACAUGUUAUACCACUUCAAAUAAAGUUUUCAAAACACUGGUUUGAGAAACCUCUUGAAUAAGUAGGCGUUUCCAUUAGCUUAAAUGCAUGGGAUGGUGCUUGGUCUGUUGCAAGUUUAUGGAAUACGCUAAAAUGAAAUAUACACUUCAAUUUGGGUCAACCAUAAAAUGUUUCUGAUUAGUACAAUUUAGUAAUGUUCGUAGACCAACUCUCCCUAGCUCCCUUAUGAACUAUUUCAAACUUAGAAUGUGUGUAGAAAUCUACUUGAGAUUUCAUUAAAUCACUUAAUCAAAAUCGGUAAUAGUACUAUGUGUUCGUCAUCAUCUUUUGUUGUUACCUCGAAAUUUCUUAGAGGAAUGUAAAGUUGACUUCUGUGUAUCUGAAUGAAAGUUGUACAAUGUUCUUGAUAACUAGUCCUAUGUGUGCGUCAUGACCGUGUAACCUAUUAGCAUUUUAUUUACUUUACGGUUUCGGUUUGGUUGGGUUGCAUGUUAGUUGAGUAAUUUGUUUAGUGACUUUUCGCGCUAACCUGGCAAAGUAGAAUGCCAUCCUAUUUCCGUCUGAAAUUCCUGAAGGCACAAUCUUCGACUCAUUUACUUGGACAAGUCAUUCGACGAUAUCCCAACUACCUACUUUUCAUGGGCUAACGGAAAGUUAUUUCAUUUCAGAAUGGGUCUUUGGCUUCAGGCCCCUUUGGUUUUGUUAUGCAUAGUGAUCUUGGUUUCAUCGGUGCCUACAUCAAUACAAAAACACGAGCUUGAAGAAAAUGAUUCCUUUGACAGUCAACUGAUAGAGGAUAACAGAUCACAUUUUCGAGGACGCCAGUCUGGUAACAGGCUUGAAUCUGAUAAAAAUGAUUCAUUACCUGGUGAAAGACGGUCACGUAGGCGUCGCAGAAAGCAUAACCGAAAUUGUGAACAACCAGGCCAAUGUCCUGAAGGUGGUGCUAAUUGGAGACGGCCACACAGACGUGGAAAAAAACAUCGUACACGAUGCAGUGGUGAUGGUGAUUGUCCUGAGGGUCAAAUGUGUAAGGAACGACGUCACAGAGGAGGACGUAAACAUCAAACACGUGGUGCCCCGCCACCUUCCGGCAGUUUAUCUCCAUCCUCACACAGUGGACUAAAAGUUGGGAAGAAAUUUUGUCGUGAGAGAAAAAAUGGAGUACAUAGAAGAUCAGGAAUCCUGUAAUUCGUAUCAAGGAACAUUAUCAUCAGUAUUCAAAGGAACUUCGUUUGUACUAGUUUAUACUAUUCAUAUAUAUAUCCUAAUAUUUCCUUAUUUAUUGUUUUCCUGUUUUUUUUCUAUAGAAAUUUGUCUGUCUAUCUUCGAACUGACUUUCAUUCAAAAAGUAUAUAACACUACAUUCACCCAUUCAUCCAUAUACUCAAUUUAAUCCAUUGCAAAAAAAAGUAACUUUACUUAUUGUGUUUGCGAUCCUAUUUCAUGUUUUAUCAACUCAUUCAGUCAUUAAGCAUUUAAUUCCUUAUCCACACUGCUCGAUUUUACCCUUGCAAUUUUACUCAGUUUUAUUUUUGCUUGUUUUUGUUUAUAUUUUGCCUUAACUGGUCUUUUUUGUCAUUGAAAUGUGUGUGUGUGUGUACACGUUUGUAGUUUUGUUUCUUAUAUUUGCUUUUAUUACAGUUCUCAGUAAUUUCCGAUGGGAAAUAUGAAUUACUCAAUGUUGCCGAUAUAAAAAAUACACGAUAAAUCCUUGUUAUUCAUCUUCAGUGUCUGUUCACUUAUCAUAUUCAAAU